AUGUCCUAUUCAGUGGCAGCUUGUUUGACAUAUAAUAUUUUGACAUUUAAAAGACUAAUUGAUAGAGAAGAAUUACCUCCUUUCGUAUUAAGGAAUACAGUACCAACAUGUAUGGCCCAAUAUGAACGAUUAUUUUCUACAGUAAGAAUACCAGGUGAAGACAUUGAUGAAUUACAUCAUUUUGAAUCUGCCAAAUCAAAACAUAUUAUUGUUAUGAGAAGAGGUUUAUACUACAAAUUACAUGUUUAUGAUAAAAUGAAUCAAUUACUAUGUCCAACUUCUCUGGAAGAACAAAUUGAAUGGAUUGUAAAAGAUGCAGAAAAACAUGCUGAUUUAAUUUCUGAAGAAGAAAAAAAUAUUGCUUCUUUGACUGCAUUAGAAAGAACUGAAUGGGCAAAAAUUCGAAAAGAAUGCCUCAUUUCUGGCAUCAAUGGUGAAAGUCUAAGAGCUGUAGAAAGAUCUAUCUUUAUUAUUGCAAUUUUAGAUUAUAUUCCAAAAGAUCUGAACAGUAAAUGUAAUUAUUUACUUAAUGGUGAUGGGAAAAAUAUAUGGUUUGAUAAAUCAUUAAAUCUGUUAAUUCUUGGAAAUUCUUCGUGUGGAAUUAAUUGUGAACAUAGUAUGGCAGAUGCUCCUGUUAUGGCUCACAUGUGGGAAUUUACACUCAGUAAAGAAGUGUUAGAAAGGUUAUAUGAUGAUAAUGGUCGAUGUAUGCCACCACUGAAAACAUUUCAGCAAGCAAAACUGAAAGCACCACAGAGAUUACUUUGGGAUAUUGGUCCAAAACUUGCAGAAAAAAUUAAAUUUUCAUUGCAGAUUGCUUUAAAAAAUAAUGAAGAUUUAGAUCUUUUUGUUGUUGAUCAUGAUUCUUGGGGAAAAGGACUAAUUAAAAAAUGCAAGAUCUCCCCAGAUGCUUUUAUUCAAACAGCAUUGCAAUUAGCAUAUUUUAAAGAUGCAAAUAAAUUUGUUCAAACUUAUGAAGCAUCAAUGACUAGAAUGUAUCUGGGUGGAAGAACCGAAACAGUACGAUCUUGUACAAUUGAAAAUGUGGAAUUUGUAAGAUCUAUGACAAAUUCCAAAAGUACUAAAAAAGAGAGGGCUGAACUUCUAAAGAAAGCAGCUAUUAAGCAUCAGCAAUUAUAUCGAGAUGCAAUGAAUGGAAAAGGUGUUGAUCGUCAUCUCUUUGCCCUGUAUGUUGUAUGCAAAGGAUUAGGACAUGAAAGUGAAUUUUUAACAAAUGUCAUCACUCGGCCAUGGAUGUUAUCUACAAGUCAGACUCCCCAUACUCAGCUGGCCUCUGCUCCGGAUGCAAAUUUACCAAUAUUUAAAGAUAAGCUGUGUCCCGGUGGAGGAUUUGGACCUGUUUCAGAUGAAGGUUAUGGUGUGUCAUACAUGUUUCCAAAUGAUGAAAAAAUAUUCUUUCACAUAUCUUCAAAGCGAACUUGUCCGAAAACAGAUUCUAGGCAAUUUUCAAAGCAUAUUUUUACCAGUAUGGAAGACAUGAUAAAGUUGUUUGAUGAUGAUAACUUAAAAACAAAUUAUUAAAUUUUCAAAUUAAAACAAAUUUUAUAUAUGUAUAUAUUAAAUUAUGUAUGGAUAUUCUGUAUAUGUGAGUUUGUUUAUUAUAAGAAGCAAGUGCCUAUAUAGCUAUAUUUUAAUGAUGAGUUUUUGGUUUUUCCCCCACCAUUAUUAUCUAUUGCAUUCAUGUGUUGCAUAAAGCAAGAUUUGAUAAUGGACCAAUUUGUUAUAAAUAAAAUAUAUUUAGUAUGUUUAUUGUAUCACCUGUCUAUUAUCCGACAAACUGAAAGAAAAUCACAAAAAGUUUUUUUGAAUAAUACUUUUAUUACAAAAUUAGUAUGAAAAAUUUUCAUAUAAAUACUUGUAUCUAUACAGUGAAUUACUGUACAAUGCAUCUAUUCUAAAUACUUGUAUGAGAAAUAUUGUUCAUUUUCACAUGCUGAUAUUUUGAGGACUAUGAAAACUGCUAACUUGGAGCAGUUUGACAUAGGGCAAUAAUAUGUACAUUAGCAUUAUAAAUAAUAACUUUUUCUGUUGUUUCAAAUAGCAAUGAUUAACAUAAC